AUGGCUGUUAAUGGAGCAGAUGAGAAAGCUUUCCUAAGACAUGCAAUAUGUCUCUCGUCGUCAAUCGAUUUAAUAUAUCUACAUGACGGUUCACCACUGUUCGGUGAGGAGAUUAUUUCACCGAAUGGUAAACGCCUUACACAAUUUCUCGGAAUACCGUUUGCCGAGCCACCUAUAGGAAAUCUAAGGUUCCGAAAACCGAAACCCAAACAACCAUGGCGAAUUCCUCUGAAUGCCACCAUUCCUCCAAAUUCUUGCAUACAGAGUUUCGACACGUACUUCGGUGAAUUUUACGGGGCAACGAUGUGGAACGCGAACACACCAACAUCGGAGGAUUGUCUCUAUAUGAAUAUUUUCGUCCCUGGGAAAGUUGAUCCAAAAAAGCGCUUAGCAGUGAUGCUGUGGGUUUAUGGUGGUGGUUUUUGGUCUGGCACAUCCACACUGGAUGUAUACGAUGGACGAAUUUUACCAGUAGAAGAAAACAUCAUUCUUGUAUCAAUGAACUAUCGUGUUUCGAUGUUUGGAUUCCUCUAUCUUGGAAGACGUGAAGCGCCUGGUAAUAUGGGUCUCUGGGAUCAGCAGUUAGCUCUAAAAUGGGUGCACAAAAAUAUUGAUGUUUUCGGGGGUGAUCCUGAAAAGAUAUCCCUCUUUGGUGAAUCAGCCGGUGCUGCGUCUGUGAAUAUGCAUAUGUUGAGCGCACACAGUACACCAUAUUUCCAG